AUGCAUUUACCUACCUUCUACUGUUGGGAAACUCAAUCUUUAAUUCUCUACCGCCAGGUGUACGUGGCGAACGUUUCUCCCGCUCGCAACACAAACCAUUCUUUCGUUACCUGGGGCCACUCCUCGAUUGUCAACCCCUGGGGGGAGGUCAUCGCCACUUGUGAGGAAAAGGAGACCAUCGUCUAUGGUGACCUGGACAUGGACUACGUGGAUAAGGUGCGACAAAUGAUUCCUGUCCUCAAGCAGAUGCGAGACGACGUCUACGAGGUGACGGCCAAGUAAAAACAAGAGGCCAUAAGGUGUUAUAAUAAUAAUAAUAAUAAUAAUAA